AUUUCUUCCAACUCAGAACAACAUUAGCAUCAAUACUCAAAGAUCUCAAUAGUUCUCUGCUUUUCUUCCAUUCAAAACUUUUCCUUUUAUCCUAGAGAGUACCAAGAUGAUCAGUGCAAAGAAGCUCAUCAAAUUGGCUAGGCAAUGGCAAAGGCAGGCUUCCAUAAGGCAAAGGAGAAUAGCAUCGCCUAGGAUUGACAGCAAUGUUGAUGCAAAAGGAUGCAGCACAUCGUCACUGGCUGAGGAGGGCCAUUUUGUUGUGUAUUCUGCAGAUAAGAAACGUUUUGUGCUCCCUUUGGAGUUAUCUCAAGAAGGACAUAGUCAGAUAGCUAUUUACACUGGCAGAAGAACAGUUUGGGACCCCAAGCAGUGGACCUCUCAUAUUUCCUUGUGAUGCAGAUUUCAUGGAAUUCGUGAUUUCCUUGAUCAAAAGGCAUCUAACUGAACAAGUAUAGGAAGCAUUACUUAUGUCCAUUGCUAGCAGCCACUUCUCAUCAUCUUCAUAUAUCUAUCAAGAGUCAAGAAACCCACGAUCAAUGA